GGAGAGAGACGGCUGGGCAGGCUGCUCACCGUAAGCGAUGCUCCACAGAUAGAGUCGUGGAAGAACUCAUGAAACUGGCAGGUUGAAUUGUUGCAGCGGUUGUUGAGCUUUGCAUUCGCCGGACCCUUUGGAGGAGCAAAAACUGCAUCAGUUCAAGAACAGUUAAAAAGGAAGGGGACUUGUUUUAUAUGUGUUAUUUCUUCUUUUUUACCAUUAAUUUCCUCCCGUUGAGGCUGAAAACUACUCUUACCCAGCGGAGAGGACCCUUUCUUGUCCGGAGGUAGACAGACCCUAAGCUUGGACCCGAUACCUACCUCUCCCACUCCUCUGGCGGGCUCACGCGCAGCAGUUCCCGGCAUUUGCUGGGAUGUUUGAGUCGCGUUGUUUGGUGGGGUGAAGGGACCGAGAGAGUGGCCGGAGAGAGAAAGACCCCCGAGGGACGGAGGCCGAGAGAGGAGCCGGGAGCAUGGCUCUGGUGGUGCUGUCUCUCUGGGCGCUAACGAGUCUCACCUGGGCGGACCUGAGCCAGGUGUCAGCCAACAGGCAUUCGGUGUACUGGAACAGCUCCAACAUACAUCUGCGUAGGGAGGGCUACACCAUGCAGGUGAACGUCAAUGACUACUUGGACAUCUACUGCCCCCAUUACAACGACAGCCAGCGCAUGGUGGGCACCGGAGAGCAGUAUGUCCUUUACAUGGUCAGUUACCGUGGUUACAGGAACUGCGACCCUCAGCUGGGCUUCAAGAGGUGGGAGUGUAACCGUCCACACGCCCCACACGCACCCAUCAAGUUCUCUGAGAAGUUCCAGCGAUACAGCGCCUUCUCGCUGGGCUACGAGUUCCACGUUGGACAGGAGUACUACUACAUCUCCACACCCACCCAUCAUCACGGCCGCAGCUGUCUUAGACUACGAGUGUACGUCUGCUGCUCUACGGCCUCUGAUGUGGAUGAUGAGCCAGAGCCUACAGAACCAGACUACACGCUUAGACCAGGCCUAAAAAUUGAUGAUAUUGAUGAAUAUAACCCUUUUGUUCCCAAACUGGAGAAGAGCGUCAGCGGAAGCAGCCCAUCCAGGGAUCGCCUUCUCCUCACCGUGACGAUGCUCCUUUUGGCCGCUCUCUUCAUCUCCUAGCAACGGCCAUCCCAUCAGCAUCACCAUGCCAACUAGCCUUGGGAGGGUGUACAGUACUGAGGGGUGGGAGAGUGGACGGGGGGAGGGGAGGAGAGCGGGAGAGCUACGG